AUGCAUCUAAACCAUGCUAUUGCAACUAACAAAUUUAAUGUCCUGUUGUAUCCAAUUUUACGUCGCAAUGGAGAAUCAUCAUAUUAUCGUAUGGAUUUUGAUGCAAGCUCUUCAUCAUCCUUGACCUACAAGGCCAUAGAAUUUGAUUUUCCAUGUCGUAGUGAUAAAAGAAUAAGUCAUGCGUUUAUUGGUUCCUGUAACGGUAUAGUAUGCAUUGAGUUAUAUCGAUCCAUACGUGAGGAUACGAUUUGCAUGUGGAACCCAUGUACGCAGGAAUACAAGAAAGUACCUAAACCCCCGAUUCAUGAUGAAAAUCCCAUAUAUUUUUCUUAUGGGUUUGGUUAUGAUCAGAAGAUUGAUGAUUACAAGUUACUACUGCUCCUGUCUUAUACAGAAUAUGGUCUUGAUUCCGAAGUUUGGGUUUAUACAUUAGGUUCAAAUUCAUGGAAACAAAAGGCAAGCGUUCCAUAUAAUCUAUAUGGUCUUAGUGUUUCUAAGAAACUUUUGAAUGGAGCUAUUCAUUGCGUAGUAAUCAACAAUGUUGCUGUUACCGAUAUAAAAAGAAAAAGACAAGAUGCAGAUGUUAUCAUUUCUUUCGAUGUAGCUGAAGAGCAAUUAACAAGAGAGAUUCAAAUCCCUAGUAGCAUUGUGGGUAAGGUCAUCAGAGAUGUGGGUGUGUUGGGAGAGGACCUUUACCUGUCAGUAUGUGAUGAUCUCAUGGGAAAAUUAGAGCUAUGGGUGAUGAGGGAGUACGGGGUUGUAGAUUCUUGGACUAAACUUUUGAGCAAUUCAGAAAAGCAGACAAAUUGGCUUAGCAGCACGAAUCGUCUACCGACUUUUUUUGAGACAAAAUGGCUUAGGGUAAGUCCUCUGCAUACUUCAUGUAAGAACAGUGAGAUCUUAUUACAGGUUAUGAUUUCCACGGAUGUCGCUCAAGAGAGCACUAUAGUCUCAUAUGACCCGUUAAGUGGAGGAUUUCAUAAGAACUUGAAUAUCCAAGAUAUUCCAAGUGUGUUUAUUGCGGAAACGUAUGUUGGAAGCCUAAUUUCGCUGAAGUCAGAUAAGGAUAUGCAAAUGCUAAACAAUUGA